GCCGUGUGCUCGAGGCUCCUCUUUUUGUUUUGAUUGCUUGCUUGUUGAGAUACCCUCCUCAAAUAAUCUGCUUGAUCACCUGAUACCCCCCCCUCCCUCCCUCCCUCCGUCCCCUCUCUCUAACUGAGGUAUAAAGGAAAAAAAAAUUUUUAAAGAAAGGGAACAGCAACCCUCUACACCACAUACAACCAGCUUUGCGAAAGCUUAAUCAUUUAGUAAUUACAACCACAUACACCAUGUCUGACGUUCAGAAGCCUGUCGAAGAGACUCCUGUCGCUGCUCCCGCCGUGGAGACUCCUGUUGAGUCUGCUCCUGCUGCUGAGCCGGCCACUGAGGCGCCUGUUGAGACCCCAGCAGAGACCACUGCUGAGGCUCCUGCUGAGGUCACCGAGACUCCCGCUGAGGCCCCCAAGGAAGAGUCCAAGGAGGAGGCCAAGAAGGAGGAGGAGGCCAAGGAAGUCACUCCCGCUACGGAUGGCGUUCUGGGAUACAAGGGCCCUGGUCUUGUCAAGGGUCUUCGUUUCACUAAGCGCUACCUUUACUUCCAGGAUGAGGCUGUGGAGCCCAAGAACCUGGCUGCUUUCCUCCAGAGCGAGAAGGCUGCCGUUGCUUGCCCGAUCGCCGCCUGGGCCAGCCAGACCGGAAAGGGUCUGCUCUUCGUGACCAAGCGCUCCGAGGACAAGGCUACCCCCGCCGGCAUCUUCAACCUCGCCGAGAUCUCCGACCUUGCCAAGGAGGGCCACAACGAGCUCCUCUUCAAGAUCAGCGGUCACAAGCACACUUUCCAGGCCAGCAGCGCUGCCGAGCGCGACAGCUGGUAUGCCGCGCUCGAGGCCAAGUCUGCCGAGGCCCAGGCCGAGAAGGAAACCAUCACCGGUAGCGAGGGCUACAAGGCUGAACUUGAGAAGCUGACCAAGCCUGUUGUUGCCGAGCCUGUCCAGAAGAAGGCUGAGGACAAGAAGGAGGAGGAGACCGCCCCCGUUGCCGCCGCCGCCGCCGCUCCCGCUCCCGCUCCCGUUGCUGAGGAAAAGGAGAAGGCCCCCGCCAAGAGCCGCUCCCAGUCUCGCAAGAGAGCCAGCAUCUUCGGCUCUUUCCUCGGCAAGAAGGAAGAGGCCGAGAAGAAGGAGGAGAAGCCCGAGGAGGCCAAGGCUGUUGAGCCUGUCGCUGAAAUCCCUACUGAGGCCGCGCCCGUCGCCGAGGUUCCUGCUGUUCCUGCGGUUGCUGCUGAGGAAACCCCUGUUGCUGUUCCUGCCGUUGAGACUGCCGAGAAGGAAGAGAAGAAGGCCGAGACCCCCGUGGCUCAGAAGAAGCGUGCCUCCAUCUUCGGAAACUUCUUCCAGAAGGUCACCAGCCCAUCCCACGAGAAGUCGGAGAAGGAGGCCACGGCCCCCGCCGAGCCCGCUGCUGUCUCCAGCACCGCUCCUCAGCUGGAGAACCCCGUCGAGGAAGCCGCUGUCGCCCCCAUUGAGCCCGAGAGCGUGACCGCCCCCGCCGAGACUGCUGCCGCCACCGCUGAGGCUGCUGAAACCCCCGCCGAGGCCGCUCCCGCCGAGGCCCCCGCUGCGGCCGCCACUUCUCCCGCCCCCAAGGACAAGCGCCGCACUUCUUUCUUCGGAAACCUCGGUAUCAAGAAGGAGAAGAAGGGUGAGACCUCCGACAACGAGGCCACCGACGGCGAGACCAAGCACAAGUCGAACAAGCUUGGUGGCAUCUUCCGCAUGCCCAGCAAGGCCGUCAAGCUUGGCGAGAAGAAGGAGACUGCCACCGCUGAGACCGAGACCAAGCCUGAGCCGAUCUCCAAGGAUGCCCCGGAGACCGCUGCAGAGGAGACUCCCAAGCCCGCUGAGACCACUGAGACCGCCGCCCCCGCUGCCGAGGCUGCCGAGCCCGUCGAGCCCGUGAACGUUGCCUCCGCUUCCACUCCCGUCCAGGCCGCCGCAUGAACAAACUCGCCAUCAGGCGUGUGUCGUCCAGUUUGAAAGAUGGUGGGACCAGCAAUAAUACCCGGUGACGGAUUACAACUACUCUUUCAACUGGAUAUAACUCUGACACAGUCAAGAGCAAACAAAAGCGAUAAGAAAAACCGAAAAAAACCCCCGAAAAAAAAAUACCAGCCCACUACCCGCCCAUCCUUUCCCCGCAUAAUAUGUAUUUUUUCUUUUGAUUCUGUUUUCUGUUCUUGACACUUUCCCUUGUCUUGCUUUUUUUUGUUGUUGUUGUUGUUGAUGUUCUGUCUUUUUUUUUGGUAUCCUGUUUAUCCUGUGUUCUGCAUGUCCAGAAUUCUUGCCAGACGGUAUGCCAACGAUACCCCACCCCCCCUAACUAAUGCUGCUUACCCGAUAUACCCAUUAUUGACACUUUGGCGGCUCUGGCAUGA